CCCUGGAAAGGAAAAUAUCAAUGCGGCAAAGCAGGGAGGAGUUGAUAAAGCGAGGGGUCCUGAAGGAAAUCUAUGAUAAAGAUGGGGAGCUCUCCAUUUCGAAUGAAGACGACUCCCUAGAAAACGGGCAGUCCCUAAGCUCCAGCCAGCUGUCUCUGCCUGCGCUGUCGGAAAUGGAGCCAGUCCCGAUGCCCAGGGAUCCCUGCUCGUAUGAGGUGCUCCAGCCUUCAGACAUCAUGGAUGGGCCAGUGUCUGAAGAGAGUCCCUCUGCCAGUGAAUCUGGAGUCCUCCUGUCCCAAGAUCCUUCAGCCAAACCAGUCCUGCUACUGCCCCCCAAAAAACCUGCUGCUUUCUCUGGAGACCAUGAGGAGACCCCAGUGAAGCAGCUGUCCCUUCUCAAGCAGCCCCCGGCCCUGCCUCCCAAACCUACUGCCAGGAUUGCCAACCACUUAACAGAUCCUGGCGCCCCUGUGAAAUUGCCUUGUCUGCCAGUGAAACUGUCCCCUCCGCUACCUCCAAAGAAAGUCAUGAUCUGUAUGCCUGUCGGGGGGCCGGACCUCUCCCUGGUAUCCUACGCAGCAGCCCAGAAGGGCAGCCAGCAGAGCGUGGCCCAGCACCACCACAUGGUCCUGCCAUCCCAGAUCCAGCACCAGCUGCAAUAUGGCAGCCAUGGCCAGCACCUCCCCUCCGCCACCGGCACCCUCCCCAUGCACCCCUCCGGCUGCAGGAUGAUAGAAGAGCUGAACAAAACGUUGGCCAUGACCAUGCAGAGGCUGGAAAGCUCCGAGCAGCGGGUCCCCUGUUCCACUUCUUACCACAGCUCUGGUUUGCACUCGGGUGACGGUGUCACAAAAGCAGGACCUCUGGGCCUUCCGGAAAUAAGACAAGUGCCAACUGUUGUGAUUGAAUGUGAUGACAAUAAAGAAAACGUGCCUCAUGAGUCAGACUACGAAGACUCUUCUUGCCUAUACACGAGAGAAGAGGAAGAGGAGGAUGAAGAUGAUGACAGCUCCUUGUACACCAGCUCCCUGGCCAUGAAGGUCUGCAGGAAGGACUCCUUAGCCAUCAAACUCAGUAACAGGCCCUCCAAGCGAGAGCUGGAAGAAAAGAACAUCCUUCCCAGGCAGACAGAUGAGGAGAGGCUGGAGCUGAGGCAGCAGAUCGGCACCAAGCUUACCAGGCGGCUGAGCCAGAGGCCAACUGCAGAGGAAUUGGAACAGAGGAACAUUUUGAAACCUCGGAAUGAACAAGAAGAACAGGAGGAGAAAAGAGAGAUCAAGAGGAGGCUAACUCGAAAGCUCAGUCAAAGGCCCACGGUGGAAGAGCUUCGGGAAAGGAAGAUCCUCAUCCGCUUCAGUGACUAUGUGGAGGUGGCAGACGCGCAGGACUACGACCGCAGGGCAGACAAGCCGUGGACCCGCCUCACCGCUGCUGACAAAGCUGCCAUUCGAAAGGAGCUCAAUGAAUUUAAAAGCACUGAAAUGGAGGUUCAUGAAUUGAGUAGACACUUAACAAGGUUUCACCGACCUUAACAGUGGAAUUCCUCUUGAGUGCUAUGCUGUCUUCAAACCAUAAAUUUAUAAGAACCAUAAGUGCUGGUAUUUAUUCACUUCCCCAUUACGAUGUAAACCUUCUGAACUGCCUUUUUUAAAAAGAAGAUGAAAAAUAAAAGGAAACACAAUCAGGAUUCUAUAUGUGAACAUGCGAUGGGGACCGCUCUGCAGUCGAGCUGCUGGCACCACUUCCAAUGCUGAGACGUGUGACACCCCCGGCAGGACCCUGGCUGAAGACUUCCCGACAGGCACCAUGUUCAUUUAGUCUCCAGCAAACCUCUUCCUCAUGAGUGUCUGUCACCUAAGCCCAAAGAAAGCCGAGGUGGUGGGUUUGGCCAGGGAGACUGUGCCAAGCUUGUGACCUGGCUGGCCUUGUAGACCUGGCCGGAGGCAGUGGCUCCAGAGGUGGCAUCUUGUUUGGGGACCCUCUGGGAGGGUGAUGCUGAGAGGGAGGGAGCACUUCUCAGUUGCCCCCAUCCUGUCCUUCCCUCCAACUCUCAUCCACGCAGGGAGCAAAAGGAAGGGCCCUUUGCUGGCAGAGGCUGUUGGCCCUAAGAGAGUGUGUGUUCUGGGCUCGGGAGGCUGGCACUGAGCACCCAUCCCACCCCUCAGCCUGAGCUGAGCUGCCUUCCAAGAAGCUCUGGUUUAGGAGGGGAAAGUUGUCAUCUGCUCAGUUCAAAUUAAUUGGCCCAUCUAUGCCCAGAAAGCCAAAUGUCACAGGUGACCGACACACACAGCCACUGCUAAGGUGCUCCAUGGUGUUCAUGCACAUGAGCAGGGACCCUACCCAGGGCAUAAAGACUGGGGUAACUCUGUGUGGCUGUGACACUCUUCAUUUUCCCCACGCCCUGUGAUUGUGUGGCUUGGAAGUCAGUGGCUUCCAAGCACAGGACCAAUGCAUGCAGGCCAGAAACCAUCCCUGUAAGGCUGGCUUUCUGGCCACUGAGGGACUGGCACUCCAGAUCCACUCAGUGGCUUUCUGCUCCUCUUUCUUUGCACUGAAGAGUUUCUAUGGAUAAGCCCCAGAGUUGGCAUGUGCCAGAAUCGGAUAAGCACCAGCCAUGCCUACUUACAGUGUACCUUCCUGUUCCCAUUUAUCCAGAGGGAAUCCUUCCUCUCUCAUGAUGCUGGUGAGGGUGACUGGAGAUGGGUUUCUAACUACCCUCCACACUGGGACUGCAGGGAGGCAAUGCUCUAUUGACAGGGACACCGUGGGUAGGCAGGGUGUGCAAUGAGGGAGACAUACUCCUAAACCCUAACAGGGAUCCCCAGCGGUCCCCUGCAGCUUUUGUGUUUUCCUUCCUAACAGAGCUCGCAGGCCCUCAGUGGCAGAGCCCUGCCUAGCCUUCUGCAGUGGUCCAGUUACCACGAUCUUUCUAGGUGAUGGCGCUCUCUCCACCACGCACACCCAGGAUUUAGAAAGAUGCCAUUUGGCCUUCCCAGAGUUAACCAGUCCCCACCGCGACCCAUGUGGGAGCAAGCUACUCCUAGGCCACAUGCCCAUGAGCAAGACCAGGAAUUUUGUGCAGGCGUUAACGGCUCCGUGGCCAGCACUCACCGAGGAGCCACAUACUUUGGGGAGAGCUCAGGGCAGCUCUUUAGGCCGUUUACCUUGCACCCCCUGGAGUGAGCCCACCUCUGCCUGGCCUAUGAGGAUGCCAUCCCUAGAUGCUUUUUUUUUCUUUGAAUGCUGAAUCUGAAUCAUUCCUGCUGUAGGGAGAGGUACUGUUCAGGGAAAAUGUAGUCGGGGUUUUCACGUGGCCGUAAACACAGUCUUCCCGAAAGGCUUACUGACUCUUGAAUGUGCAAGUGGUAUGACGAGAGACCUAGGACUCUUUCAUUGAACUUCUCUGCAGCGGGCAGGCCGGCACGGGUUCCAGGCGGAAAUACCUGCCUGGCCAGGCUUUGAGUCUGAGCUUCUCUAACUGGCAGCUGUGCUUCAGGCGGCACAUGGUGCCCUGGCCAGGAGCAGGUCCUAAGGGAACUCGUCCCAUGGACGGGCCUCCUCCUCCAAAGGCCCGUGGCAUCUCUGCUGGCCUGGGUCCUUGGGUCCUUCAGAGUCCCUGGGAACAUGGGGCCCAAAUCCAUCUGCCUGCAGCCAGCCAGCUGCCCCAGUUUUCCACCUAAAGUGCCCUCAAGUUGCAGUCCACUUUGUGCACAGAGACGUGGAACACCAUUUCCACCUCUCUUCCUGCAGGGCACCUCUUCUAGAAGUCACCUGCUUAGAAUUAGGGGUGUGCCUCCCAUGCCACUAAAAGGUUACAUACCUUUGGGAUGGGCUAGUACACACCCGUUUUAAGUGGCUGUUACACGGGCUCAGCAACCUCCGUGGUCUGCAGGAUGGGCCCGCUGCUGUCUUUCCUUUCUGAAAACCUUGAGGACUUUGUAGAGAUCUAGCCAGAUUUCCUUUUGCCACAUUAAUAUGACAAUUGAAGCAAUUUGUGUUACCUUCCAAGAUGACGAUUCAACAGUAAUUGGUGGGGGAAAGAACAGGUAGGCUAGAUGGUUUAUAAUGCAUCACUUUUCUGAAAAAGCUGUUUUCAAAUCAGUUUGUGUAUAUAAAUUCCAAUUUGAGCAUUUUGUCAUUUGGAUUAGCGUACGAGGAAAAAUAUUAAAUGUCUCAAAUGUUUCCCCCUCAAAAUUAGACGUUGCCCCAAACCCCACCCUAACCCCGUCAAUGACAGAAAAAACUGCCAUGAGCCUACUUGCUUUUUCAAAAUUGCUGAUAUAGUCAUUUCCAAAGGCCCUCAGGGUCCUGUAAAACUUUAAAAACUUUAGCCUUUAUGUCAGGUUAGAGAAACCAAACAAUGUGAUGGUAAAUGUAAUGAAAAGGUCUGAAUUUAUUUUUCUCCCGCUUAUGAAUAUGUGCAUAUUUAUAAUUGCCGGAUGAAAAUCGUGGUGUGUUGCUUUGAUGAAUGGAAUUCCAGGCUCUUCCUGUACACAGCCAGUGGGCAAAGGUCACCUUAAAUGACUUUCUUCCCAUUUGUCUGUUCAUCCCCAAACUGGUUGCUUUCUCCAGUUGCUUCCCAGGUGUCUGUACAUAGUUUGUCUUUGUAUAGGAGUGAGUGUGGUGACCGUCAGUCCCGUGCUCUCCCGGGUUCUAAUCUCACAGAUGACGGGCUGUGUGAGGAAGACAAUGUAAAUAGAAUACAAAUUAAACUGGAUCUCUAUGGCCGAGGUUUUGUACAUACAGAAACUGCAUGGUAUUUAAAUUAUUGUUUGUCUCUGAUGAUGUAUGCAGUUUCUUUAAAAACAAACAAACAAACAAAAUUCUAAAAAAGA